AUGAGCAAGACGUACUCCUCCUCGGCCCAGUCCGCCUCCUCCUACCGCCGCACCUUCGGCUCUGGCAUCGGCUCAUCCCCAAUGUCUUCCCACUUCUCCUCCAUGGGAGGAGGUGGUCGGAGCGCCGCUUCAAGCCACAUGUCCUCAAGAGUCUAUGAGGUCAAGUCUGCCGGUGUCCCCUCCUAUUCCAGCUACAGGAUGUCCUCUGGUGCUGGUGGAGGGAUUGGCUCCUCUUCAGCCAUGCGUACCUACUCUGGUGAGAAACUUGACUUCAACCUGGCUGAUGCCAUGAACCAGGACUUCCUCAAUACAAGGACCAACGAGAAAGCUGAGCUCCAGCACCUCAAUGAUCGCUUCGCCAGCUACAUCGAGAAGGUGCGUUUCCUGGAGCAGCAGAACGCAGCGCUGACAGUGGAGAUUGAGAAGCUGAGGGGCCGUGAGGGGCCCGGGCGUGUGGCUGAAAUGUACGAGGAGGAGAUGAGGGAGCUGAGGAGGCAAAUAGAGGCUCUGUCCAACCAACGCGCACGAGUGGAGGUUGAGAGAGACAACUUGGGUGAUGACCUGCAGAAACUGAAGAUCAGACUGCAUGAGGAGAUUCAGCAGAAGGAAGAGGCUGAGAACAACCUUUCUGCUUUCAGAGCCGAUGUAGACAAUGCCACUCUGGCCAGGCUGGACCUGGAGAGACGCAUUGAGAGUCUGCAGGAGGAGAUUGCCUUCCUGAAGAAGAUCCAUGAAGAGGAGAUCCGUGAGCUGCAGAGUCAGAUGCAGGACACUCAGGUGCAGAUCCAGAUGGACAUGUCCAAACCAGACCUGACUGCUGCUCUGAGAGACAUCCGCAUCCAGUAUGAGGGCAUCGCUGCCAAGAACAUUUCAGAGGCUGAAGAAUGGUACAAGUCUAAGGUGUCUGAUCUGAACCAGGCUGUGAACAAGAACAAUGACACUCUGCGUCAGGCCAAGCAGGAAUCCAUGGAGUUCAGACACCAGAUCCAGUCCUACACCUGUGAGAUCGACUCACUUAAGGGCACCAACGAGUCUCUGCUGCGCCAGAUGAGAGACAUGGAGGACCGUAUGACCCGUGAGGCUUCUGGUUACCAGGAUACUAUCUCAAGGCUGGAAGAAGACAUCGCUAAGAUGAAGGAUGAUAUGGCUCGCCACCUGAGGGAGUACCAGGACCUCCUCAAUGUGAAGAUGGCCCUUGAUAUUGAGAUCGCCACCUACCGCAAGCUGCUGGAGGGAGAGGAGAGCAGGAUCACCACCACUACACCAAUGCAGUCUGCUUACUCCUCCAUUGGAUUCAGAGAGACCAGUCCUGAGUCGCAGCAUCGCUCCUCAGAGGUUCACUCCAAGAAGACGGUGCUCAUCAAGACCAUCGAGACCCGUGAUGGAGAGGUUGUCAGCGAAUCCACACAGCACCAGCAGGACAUCAUGUAAACCAACAGAGGCAACUUUAGAAACACUGAAUAUAAUAAAAACAUAAAAAAAUAAAGAAGCACAACAUUUUCUUACCACCAUUAUAAGGAUGUAUAAGCUGUAGACCAUUUCAGCUGAUUUAAAUGAAACACCAGUAUACAUCAUUCUACAUCAUAAUGUAUACUUGAUAAACUGUAAUUGCAGUAUUAAGGCAAAUAUUGUUCUGCCGAUAGCCUGGUUCUAAAUAAAGGUCAUUCCAGGAAUUAAGCUCGUUUUACUGUUUCUUCCUGCACAAAUCGAUUUUUGUAUCUUGUUUACAAAAAUGGCAAGAGGUUAAAAUCAACAGCAAAGGCCGAGCAUGCAAAAGGAAGUUUGCAAGGUGCAAGAAGGAUCCCGAGGCCUGAAAUACCAUUGUCAAAUCUAAAAUUGUAAUGGUUAAUUUUGUAUUAUUCCAAGUCUCUCUGUGCAAACUUGCACAUGUAACUUGACAAAGAAGUGCUUUUAGUUGUGCAACAGAUCUAAGGAAAGUGUAAUGUUGAUCUUAGGCUUGUAAGACGUCAGAAACACAGACAUGAAUAAAAAGGAGAAACGUCAUGUUUGAAGUUUGAGCUCAGUAGCAUGUGCAGGGUCUGAUUGUAUGUGUAUGGGUGACAUGUUAUGUUGCUUCGCAGUGCCAAAAAAAGCCAAAUAAAGACAUUUAUUAUCAG